CUAUUUGGGAUUCUGUUUAGUUUGGGUUUGCCCUUAGAGGGUUGUUUUCUGUUGUGGGACUUGUAUUUUGGAUAUUGUUUCUCCUGUUCCGUUCGCCUAUUUAAGCCCACUUUAGUUUUCUGUUUGUUGCCAGGACGUCUUGUGUUAUCCUCACGUGCAAUCUACUCGUCAUGGGAGGGAGCGGGUCUUCACAACCAGCUCCUCAGCGUGCCCCAAUUUUAAAAACUCCAUGGAGAGACAUAUCUUGGGGAGACAACAGAGAAGCUCUUCAUUACUUAAAGAAAUUUCAGCCUCAAAAUGAAGAGCUAAAGCAUAUCAGAGUUUUGUUCUACGGACCAGUCGGUGUGGGAAAGUCCAGCUUCAUCAACUCUGUCAACAAUGUCUUCCAACAGAGAAUGACCCAUCAAGCUUUGACCAGUACCAGAACCGCUGAUCAAAGUUUCACCAAGAAGUAUGAAACCUAUAAAAUCCAGAAAGAAGACAGAGGAAACUUUUAUCCCUUUGUGUUCAACGAUAUCAUGGGUCUGGAGGAUGGAGAUGGAAGAGGAGUCAGAGCAGAUGACCUUAAACUGGCCUUAAUGGGACAUGUGAAGGAGGGUUAUAAGUUCCAUCCUUUAUCUUCCCUUUCUGCUUGUGAUCCUUACUACAACUCCUCCCCAUCCAUCAGUGACAGGGUCCAUGUUCUGGUUUGCUUUAAUAAUGCUAAUGCAUCAGAGACGAAGUCCUCUGUUUUACAGAAAAUGAAGGAAAUCAGAGAAGCAGCAAGUGAUCUGGGUAAGAAACAAAAAUAA